CUGUACACUCGAAGCAAAGAUUCUGAAGGAAGCUUCUUCAUUGCAAACAGUUUUUCUUCAGUCUCGGUUUCGAGGGCAUAAUAUGCCGCUUUAGUUAGAGGAUUUAGACAAAGAAAUCUUACCUAAAAGAAGGUCAAGAAAUAACAUGGCAGCUAUUCCAUUGUGUAUACCAGACAACUGCGAUUGGAAUGAGACAUCCGGGAAUUUCCAACGUGACCAAAGCCAACCUCGCACGGGACUUCAGCUGGUGAAUGCGGCACUGCGUAAACUCAAGGCCAUUCAGGGACCAGUCUGCGUGGUGUCAAUUGCAGGGCCAUGCAGAAGGGGCAAAUCGUACAUCCUUAGCAGAGCGUUCGACCAAGGGGACGUCUUUCCUCUGGGCCAUUCGUUUGAUCCCGAGACAAUGGGAAUAUGGAUGUGGGUGGUUCCAGAGAAAUACGUAGAUGAACGUGGCCGGGAGUUCACUGUUGUGUUACUGGAUUCCGAGGGAACUGACGCCGUUGGAGCCGAAGGCAGGAAUGAUGACACCAUAUUCACACUGAGCGUACUUCUCAGUUCUGUGUUGAUCUACAAUUCUGUUGGUGUGCCUACGCGAACUGAUUUGGAAGGACUUGAUCACAUCAUCAACAUUUCCCAGCGAAUCCAAGUGAUUGCAGGACAACCAUUAGCCGACGAGGAUUCUCGGAAAGUAUUUCCUUCUUUUGUGUGGCUGCUCAGAGAUGUUCUAUUAAGUCUGCCCAAAGGCGUGGAAAACCUCAGAACGUAUUUCCUUGAAAAGGUUUUCAACGCCCAUGGGCGGCCAAGUGAGAAAUCUCAAAAAGUAGUCGACAACAUCCUCAAGUUUUUUCCAGAUUUCGACGCCUUUCCCCUCUGCCCACCGUCAUCAAAAGCUGAAGUGAUACAAAACUUAACCGAGGAGGGGAGACAGGGGGAGAUAAACGUCUCUUUCAAGAAAGGAGUUGAAGAUUUUAAACAGAUGCUCCGUACCAAGCUGAGUCCAAAACGAAGUGUUAGUGGACAAGGAGUCGUGACUGGAGAAGCCUUAGCAACCCUAGUGGAGGAGUAUGUCAGAGCCGCUAACUCUCCUGGUGCAGUUCCUGUUAUUCAGAGUGCAUGGGACGUGUUUACAACAACAAAAUGUACUCAGACACUGAACGAUGCUAAAGCGGUUUACGAAGGAGGAAUGAAGGAAUUCAGGGAAAGAGUUCGCCUUCCUUGCGAUGAUAAAAAGAUUCGCAGUUCUCACGAGGACCACUUGCUUGAAGCGUUAACGUUUUUUGAAAGUGAAACAGAAGACACUACAGUGACAGCUCGAUGGCUUUACAUGGAGGAGUUAGCGAACUUCGCAGACGAGUCUGAGAGUGCGUUGUUGAGGGAGAAUAACAAGUUGACAGAGGAGCAGUGUAGUAAUCUUAUGAAAACUUUACGCAUGGUGUGGUUAGACCCUGUGAUCAAAGACCUCCAUGAUGCUGAUAACACCGAAUUCCUAGUUCUUGAAGAGCGCUUGAGAUCAGUUUAUCACAAACUUGAUUGUGACUUCAGACAACAGGCCGCUGGCUCCAAGAACUUGUGCUUCAAUUUGGCAUACAUCUACGAACUGCAACACUCAGAGGAGAUGAAAAAACAUCUAGCUCAACUCAAGACAAGAAGGUUGUAUUUCGAGCAAAUCGCCUCUGAGAGAGCCGCGAAAGAAGCCGAGGCUGAAGAGACAGAAAAAAUCAGACGUGAAAACUUACAUUUGGCGGAAAACAGAAAGGAUAUUGAAGACCGGAUUGCUCGCUUGGAACAGGAACACAUUGAAGAAGAAAGAAAGGUUAAACGUAUGAAAGAUAAACAGAUGCGGGCACAAAGAGAGCAGACAGAAGCUGCAGUGUGUGCAGCGAGGGAAAGGUCGGCAGCAGAAAAGGAGAAAUAUUCACGACAGCAAAGAGAACUACAAGCUCAGAUAGAGGCAGCAAGACGAAAGCAACAAGAACUAGAAGCAACCAUUAACACUCUGCGAGAAAAACUGAGAAGAAUGUAAUGUCAAAGACAAACUGCUUAAAUAGGUGUCCGUUUUGAUACAAAGGUAUCGUAGUAUAUGCAAGGAUAUUACAACUCUAACUUUUCUUGAAAAAGUUUCAUCAGGUCUUCUCAAUAUGGGCGUGCGCAAAUUUUGUUCAUGACACUGUUUUUUUCACGACUUGUGAUUUUUUAAAAAUGUAGAAACUAUCGACUGAUAUCAUGAAAAAGGCCAGGAGUCAAGCUUUCAAAUGAAUUUCAUUUAUUAUCUGUCGCCCUGCGGUAUAAUUAAAGAAUUAGUGUGUUGAAAAGUAAAAAAUUCGUGUGGAGUGGCUCUUUAUAGUUUCAAUUUAGGAGUGAUAUUCGUUUCAGUUCAACGAGAUGUUCUGGACAAUGCAACAGAGAUCGAGGACAAAAACAGUAGACGUUUAUUCACAACGAAAACAAACGUCAUACGAGACGAAAAGGUUAAAUUUCUGUGAGCCAUAGAUUUGCAGAAUCUGAACAGAAAAAAACUGAAAAUUCUUAAAAUAAUAUAGUUUUCCCACCUUGUUAGUCUUGUUAAUGUGACAUGACCUAUUGUUAUCUUGAAAACCUACCUAGCUAAGCAAAAAAAUGCAAGGUGGCUUAUUAUGAAUAGCUUGUGUAUAUAGUAGCUAGCCGUGCACGUGAAGCAGUUUAUUAUCAGUUGUAAAGUGUCCAGGCUGGAGCACAGUACCGUGUUGAAUACAUCAUCUGGUAGAGGUCCCUAA